UUUCUGCACAUUUCUACACACAUACAGCUCAACUCAGCACCAUGACCAGGAAGGUGUUCACCAACACGAGGGAGCGCUGGCGGCAGCACAACGUCAACACCGCCUUCACGGAGCUCCGCAAGCUCAUCCCCACCCAUCCUCCGGAGAAGAAGCUGAGCAAGAACGAGAUCCUGCGCCUGGCCAUGCGCUACAUCACCUUCCUGGUGCAGCUGCUGGAGAGCCAGACCGGUCAGCCGGCCGGCCACUCCCCCACCGCUCUGCUCACCUUCCUCAGAGGAAGCAUGGAGCAGCUGAACUCCCCUCCUCACCCCUGGGCCAUGACCAGCGACACCGAGGUGCCGUCACCUGACUCCAGCUGCGACAGCUCCGAGGCCUGGUAGAAAACACAAAAAAAGGAAACUCUCGAGUGGACCUUCUGACCCUUUACCUGGGGUUUUGACAAACUGCUCUUGUUUUU